GGAUGGGCAGCGCCAGCCCCGGGCUGACCACUCUGCCCCCCAGCCGCCUUGCCCGGCCAGACACUGCCUUGCUGCCGCCGCCGCAGGACCCCGACACCCGGAGCUGGGGCUGCCCAGAUAGCCCCAGCCCCCCCGCCACCCCCGAGCAGCCCCUGCCCGCUUUCUGCCUGCACUACUUCGACAUGCUCUACUCCGAGGACAUCGCCUGGGCCACCAAGGGCAUGGGGGAACCGUCCCAAUGCAAUGCCCAGGGUGGGCGAGGGGAGGUGCAGAAGGAGCCGGAGCAAUGUCCCAUCAUUGACAGCCAAGGCUUGGGGCUGGGGGCCGAGGGGGAUCUGCAGGCCAGCCUGCACCUGGAGGAGCACUCGCUGGAGCAGGUGCAGAGCAUGGUGGUGGGCGAAGUGCUGAAGGACAUCGAGACGGCCUGCAAGCUCCUCAACAUCGCCGCAGACCCUGUGGACUGGAGCCCCAGCAAUGUGCAGAAGUGGAUCCUGUGGACGGAGCACCAGUACCGGCUGCCACAGAUCGGGAAGUCCUUCCAGGAGCUGUCGGGCAAGGACCUGUGUGCCAUGUCUGAGGAGCAGUUCUGCCAGCGCUCACCUGCCUGCGGUGAUAUCCUGCAUGCCCACCUCGACAUCUGGAAGUCUGCUGCCUGGAUGAAAGAAAAAGCCGCCCCAGGAGAUGUGAGAUGCUGCGGAGGUGAUGCCAGCUGGGCGGACAGCGAGGUGGACUCAUCCUGCGCCGGCCAACCCAUCCACCUCUGGCAGUUCCUCAAAGAGCUGCUGCUGAAACCCCACAACUACGGCCGCUUCAUCCGCUGGCUCAACAAGGAGAAAGGCAUCUUCAAGAUUGAGGACUCAGCACAAGUGGCCCGUCUGUGGGGCAUCCGGAAGAACCGCCCGGCCAUGAACUACGACAAGCUGAGCCGCUCCAUCCGGCAGUAUUACAAGAAAGGCAUCAUCCGGAAACCCGACAUCUCCCAGCGCCUCGUCUACCAGUUUGUCCACCCAGUCUGAGUGGUGGCGGCGGGACAGGCUGAGUCCUGGGAGGGAUGGGGACUUUUGCCGCCUCCCUCUGCUUCCCAGCCACAGAAACCGUCUUCCAGCACUAAGGACCACGGCUGGGGUGCGAGAGGCUCGACGCCCUCUGGGGCCACCAACGGCAGACCAUAGGACUCCUCUGGCCCCGCAGCCUUGGAGGGGACAGAUGAGCCCCCAGCUUAGGGACCACCACCAAAGUGCCCAGGUGCAGGGCAAGGACUGUGCAGAGCCCUCGUCUCCCGCGAGUGCUCCCGGGGCGGGGUGGGCAUGGAAUUCAGGGCCGGCGGAGGAGACAUGGGGUUGAUUGGGGUAAGAUAAAGGCAGAUGAAUCUGUGGCUGACGCAGGGCUCCCCACAGCCUUGGUGCCCUUUGGGAGGGAUUGAAGGUGGGAGAGGGCUGGGGCCACCCAGGGGAGGAGCUGAGGGGAUGCAGGAGUCCUGCCCCCAGGUCUCUUGCCCCCAGCACGUUGUCCUCACACUCUGCAGCCCCAGGGCAUCAUCAGGACACAGAGGCCAAGGGCACAUCUCAGCAGGAGACCUCAAUAUCCCUGUGACAUCAUGCCCCAGGGCUGCUUUUGGGGGGACAUGACCCCAUUGGGGCCACACUCCCCUCCAGCCAGAUCCUGUCCCCAUGCCACCACCGGGCCAGCCGUGGGACCGGCUGCCCUCGGUGCCCAUCAGGAGUGACCUGGUGUGCUGCAGCAGCUGGGCUGCUCCGGAUUCACCCCAGCAAUCAGCUCCCAGCCCUCAUCCCUGUUCGGGGUGGGCAGCAGCGUGGCCAAGGGCUCUGUCCUCCGCUGCAUCUCAAUCCUCAGCUGCAAAGAA